AUGCGGAACCCUUUCUCGCGAUGCGUUCUCUUCGCCGUCGCGUUGUUGCUCUUACUCGGCGUUACAUGGAAAUCUGACCGCAUAGAAGAUGUUGGCUCGCGAAUUGUCAAAGCCGCGUCUACCCAUAAGAGCGAUGUUUCGCAGCAACCGCUUGGCGAUGGACAAGCAACCGAAAAGGAUGUUGCGCCGGUGUCAAACCAUGUAAUGGAUUGCAGCAUCAACUCAACUCACAUGGGUGAGCUCAAGGCGAAAUAUGAGCUUGGGGAUACUUUUCAGUACUUCAAGCGAUAUGUCAAAAUCAACCGCCAGCCCAUAACGCGAAAGUCGAUCACCAAGAUUCCUCAGCAAUUCCUCCCUGACACUUUUACUACGAUUGAUAUGCAACACCCCAGUAACUACGGCAAUGAGCAAUGUCUCGAGCCACUUGAAGUUCCGGUCACUGAAUCACCAUAUCCUGCGACCGGGAAUCUGUCCGAUUUCAUGUUUGGCGUGUCAACUACAUUUAAGAGAUUCAGCUCCGAAAAGACUAGCCCAGUGAAUGAAUGGACAUACUGGUUAACCGAUGGCAAGGGCCACUCUAAUGGUGGCAAAUUGAUCCUAUUGCUCCUGGACGCGACGGAAGAUCAGAUACUUCACGCCAAGACGAUAUUACAUCACGCUGGAAUUGAUGUUGAUGUCUACCACUCCGACUCAUCAAUGGAGAUGGCCGUUCGCUAUCUCACCCUCAUCCCGACUUUAUACAAUCACCCCGAGCGACCGUCCAAGAAAUGGCUCGUGUCAUGCGACGACGACACAUUUUUCCCUAGUGUCCACGCACUCACAAAGAAGUUUGAAGAUUACGAUCCCAGCGAAAUGCUUUACAUUGGGACUUUAUCUGAGGAUGUUAACAAUGUCGAUCGCCAUGGUUCGCAAGCUUUCGGUGGCGCUGGUGUAUUCCUCUCGGUGCCAUUGGCAGCGCAAAUUGCAAAGGACUAUGAUAGUUGCAGAACGGAUGAGAAGAUCCAUGAAUCGAACUCGGGUUGGGGUCCUCAGGGCGAUAUUUUGCUCCGCAAGUGCAUCUACGAAAACACAGAUGUGCGCCUGUCUGUCCUCCGUGGUCUAUACCAGCUUGACCUAUACGGUGACCCCUCUGGUUUCUACGAGUCUGGCAUUAAGCCUAUUUCUCUUCACCACUUUAAGGGUGGCGGGUGGCAUUCGGCUCUGCCUUGGGAGUACACUAAGAUUGCUCAUAUCUGUGGCGAGGACUGUACCCUUCAGCGAUUCCGAACCAGCGAUAACUUCAUCAUCUCAACGGGCUUCAGUGUCGCUCACUACCCUCAAGGCAUCAAUUUUAACCUUGCUCAGAUGGAGCGAACAUUUGCGGCCGCGCCUCAAGAUAAGGGCUGGAAUCUGGACUACGUCUUUGACCCGCAACGACCUAGCCUUUUGAAGACAGGUCGUAAGGUUAGUUGGGAUCUCCAGGAAGCACGCGUAAACGAGGACAACACCGUUACCCACGUCUACGUACGAAAGGCUAAUGACUGGAGAUGGGUUGACCGAAACGGUGAACCGAUGUCUCACGUCGAUGGCAUAAUCGAGCUUGUCUGGGUCCCAUAG